AGAACUGCGAAGGCGGCCAAUGAAACCGCGGCAAAACGAUGGGACCGUAGUUAGAUAGAGAGCGCACGGGCAGAAGCAAGUUACCAGAACCUCGGCGAGACAGCAGCGAAAAAAGACUAAUGACCCAGCACGAGGAGCCGGCCAUUCCACUAACAUGGACAAGUACGAAAAGGUGAAGAAAAUUGGCGAAGGUUCAUUCGGAAAGGCCAUCCUCGUCAAGUCCAAGCAGGAUGGACGCCAGUAUGUCAUCAAGGAGAUCGGAAUAUCAGCGAUGUCCAGUAAAGAGAGGCAGGAGUCACGGAAAGAGGUCGCCGUCCUCGCCAACAUGAGUCAUCCCAACAUUGUCCAGUAUAAAGAGAGUUUUGAAGAGGGGGGCUGCCUGUAUAUCGUGAUGGACUACUGUGAGGGUGGAGACCUCUUCAAGAAGAUCAACACUCAGAAAGGAGUGCUAUUCUCAGAAGAGCAGAUCUUGGACUGGUUUGUGCAGAUUUGCCUGGCGCUGAAGCACGUGCAUGAUCGGAAAAUCCUCCACAGGGACAUCAAAUCCCAGAACAUAUUUUUGACAAAAGAUGGGACGGUGCAGCUCGGAGACUUUGGCAUCGCGAGAGUGCUGAACAGCACGGUGGAACUGGCGAGAACGUGCAUCGGCACGCCGUACUACCUGUCGCCUGAGAUCUGCGAAAACAAACCGUACAACAACAAAAGUGAUAUUUGGGCCCUGGGGUGUGUCCUGUAUGAAAUGUGCACUCUUAAGCAUGCUUUCGAGGCCGGUAACAUGAAGAACCUGGUCCUGAAGAUCAUCCGCGGCUCGUACCCCCCCGUGUCCGUCCACUACUCCCAGGAGCUGCGCUCCCUCUUGGCGGCGCUCUUCAAACGAAGCCCCCGGGAGCGGCCGUCCGUCAGCGGCGUGCUGGACAAACCCUUCCUGACCUGCAGGAUACAAAGGUUCCUCACGCCUCAGGUCAUUGCUCAGGAAUUCCGCCAUAACUUUCUUCACAAGCAGCCUAAAGUGGGUUCGGUGCAGGGACCAUCAGCCAAGCGUCCCGCCCCCGCCUCCACGCCCCUCAACCCGUCCCACAAGAUCACCAAACCAGCCAGCAAAUACGGAGUGCCUUUAGCCGCGAGGAAGGUGUCUGAUGCAGCCCGGAGGCCGGCUGUGAAGCAUAAAGCGGCUCCUCACCCUGCAGCCCCCCAGAGAAGAGGGAGUCAAGUGGAGGAAGAGAGGAAGAAACGGGAGGACGUCCUCAGGAAAAGCGUGGAGCUGAUAGAGAAGGAAAGGAAGCGGAGGGAGCAGGUGUUCCUGCUGAAAGCGGAGCAGAUGAAGAGAUACGAGAAGGAAAAGAUCGAUCGUAUAAACCAGGCCAGAGAGCAGGGCUGGAAGCACGUCCUGAGUUCUAGUGGAGGAAGCAGCCCGGAGAGGAAGUGUUUUGCAGGUGGUGGAAAGGUGUUUGUCCCGACCUCCGUCCAGGGUGCAAGCAAAACCCCGUACGAGCACCACCACGCUGCCCUGGACCAGAUGGCUAACCUGCAGGCUAAAGUCCUCCGCAGGGAGGGGCCCUCAGCCGGACCGGGGAGUCCCACCCGCGUCCCGGUGCUGCCCAGCGGCCCCGCCCGGCUCCUCAACUGCGACGCCAUCAAGAGGGAGCUGCAGAGGCUGCAGCACGUUUCCAAACCAGCACACCUCUGUCGGCCGCGGGGUCACGCGGCUGCUGGACGGGCCCAUCAGGUUGAGGAGUUUUUACAGCGGAAAAGAGAAGCCAUUCUCAACAAGGUCCGUGCUGAGGGACAGCUGGGCACUCGGCACAGCCCGGCAGCAAGUCACGGAGGCCGGGCCGGCUCGAUUCGGUCCAGGAGACCCAGAGGCAACAACGAGGAGGAGGAGUACCUGUCGAGGCUGAGGCAGAUCCGACUGCAGAACUUCAACGAGCGUCAGCAGAUCAAAGCCCGGCUCCGAGGAGAGAAGUACGACAGCGACGGUUCCGACAGCCAGGAGUCCAGCGAGGAAGCGGAGCAAAGGAGGAAGAAGAUCGAGGCUUUAAAGGCCCAAGCCAACGCCCGCGCUGCCGUACUGAAGGAACAACUGGAGAAGAAGAGGAAGGAGGCCCAGGAGCGGGAGAAGAGAGCUUGGGAGGACCAUCUCGCAGCUCGGGGGAUGAAGGUCGGCAUCGCGGCAGCAGAAAACGUAGCCGCAGCGUCUUCGUCGUCUACCUCCGACGGUCCUCUGCCACAGCCGAGUCCCUCUCCGCCAGAACCGGCUGCCAAAGCGCCGGCCCGGCCUGCAGCCAUAUCCAUGACGGCCGCCCUGAAGAACGUCGGAGCGAUUACUCCUCUGAAAGAAAAGUCACCUGAGCCGGAGAAAACCACAGUCAUCCAGAGUGAGAAGAGGCAGAUUCUGCGCCGACUCAACCAGAACCUGAAAGCCCAGGGCCUGGGGGAGGAGGGGGAGGAGUCUCUUCAGAGCCCCGCCCCCCAACAGAACCAGCCUGCCGCAGAGACACGCCCCCCUUCGAAUGGAGACCGGAAGAAGUGGGAUGCGGCAGAACUUCCUGUGCUUCCUGCGGCUCAGCUCACCUUAGAGGAAACCUCAGCCUCUUCAGCGUCUCCAGAUGAUGGACCGUGUUCUGCAGGAGACCGGAGGAAGUGGGAAGCAGGAAUUCCUCUCGUCCUCUCUGUGGCCCAACAAACUCUGGAGGAGACGUGCAUCAGGACCAUCGAGCAAACGGCGGGGGAAGUCAUACGGAUGGCCGCGCUGCAGGAGGAAGCUCCUCGGAAGGUGUGGGGAGCGAAUCCGGACCCUCAGGUGCUGAGAGUUCUUCAGGAGGCGGAGCUUCAGCCUCUCACGCAGCAGCUGGAGGGCGUCGCCGCGGGCGAGAUCGCCAGCCCCGAUAAGCCCGACCAGGCAGCAACACCGGCGGUCAUGAAGGCGUCAAACGAAGAGUUCUCCUCGGUACCGAGCCCGGAGGUCCGGACGGCCCCCACCUCAGAGGCAACUGUGGCCGACGAGGAGAAGAGAGCGACUCCGAUGACAAUGCUCAGCGAGGCUCAGGAUCCAGCGGACGUGGAGUCGGUGGUUCUGGAUGAGAAGCCCAAACCGGCCCGGCGUCCUCCAGCCGGCGUGCAGCAGGCCUGGGGGCCGGAAGCCCAACAGCCCAUGCCACCAGAGGGCGUAGCGACACCAGCCGGAGAGGCCGAGGGGAGUGCAGAGAAGCCCUGCGACCCUCCGGGGGAGUCCACCUCGGCUCACAGCGAGGCGCCCCUGUUCAUCAAGCUGUGCUCGCCGGCCCACCGGCGCACCGCCGCGCUGGCUCUCCUCUCGGCCCAGUCCUCCGUGGACGAGUCCUCCUCGUCCCUGGCGUCGCGCUCGCGCUCCGUCUCCCCGCUGCGCUCCAAGCACCACGACGCCCUCCUCAUCGGCCUCUCCACUGGCAUGUUCGACGCCAACAACCCCAAGAUGCUGCGGACCUGCUCGCUGCCCGACCUCGGCCGGCUCUUCAGCCCGCGGCAGGACUCUGCAGUGGUCGUCGGGGGCGACGCUCACGUCGUCCCCGACGACCACCUGGAGGUCGAGGACCUGGAGGACGCGGCCAAAGACGACGAUCAGUCGGAGACCGAAGAUGCAUUUGAGGAUGAAGACCUGCGGGACAUCCGGGCCUCCAUGGAGAGGCUGCUGCAUGAGGAGGGGGACAUGAUGAGGACGAGCUCUCAGGGGGACGCAGCAGGAGACUACAACGGGAACCCCCCGGAGGAGGAGGAGGAGGAGGAGGAGGAUGAAGAAGAAGAAGAAGAAGAACGGGUACUCUUCAACAGGAUUGCUGCUGAGCUGGACGAGGACCACAAUCAGAUGGCCGUUGACGACGACGAUGGAGAAGACGACGAGGAGGAGGAGGAGGAGGAGGACGAGGAGGAGGAAGACGAGGAGGACGAGGAGGAAGGCUCGAAUGGCAGUCCCAGUGACGAGGAAGCAGGCGAGCUGCUGAACAACGGUGUGGGGGGGAACCACAGUAACAACAGCCGGCUCAAUGAGGAGUGGCAGUCGGACGGCAGCGGGGAGGAGCAGGACGGAGGGGCCGCGCACCACGACAGCAUCUUCAGCCGCCUGGAAGAACUCCGCUUCGAUCUGGAGCAGCAGAUGGGCUUUGAGAAGUUCAUCGAGGCCUACAACAAGAUAAAGGCUUCACAUGAAGACGAAGACGAGAGCAUCGACCUUGGCUCCGGUUUGGUGCUGAACAUUUUGGGAACCGAGCACCAGCACCUUUACCCCAACAUCCUCCACCUGGUGAUGGCGGACGGCGCGUACCAAGAAGAUAAUGAUGAGUGAUUGUGACAAUCCGCCGGCUAUCUGACGUCUUCCCGUGAGGCAGAAGGAGAUCUAUGCAUGAAGCAUCUCAGUGUUUCAGGCACACUUGCAUGACGGGUAACUAAGUGCACUCCAGGAUGUGGUUUCGUAUCAUCGUUCUAGAAACACGCGUUCUUAUUAACCAAAGCUAACUUGAAGAGUUACUGUUGAAUGUCCGUGUGUAUCUGUACAUGAAGGAAAACAUCAUGUCAUGAAUAAUGUUGUGUUUCCGUUUGUUGCCACGGUGGCAUUUUAUUUUGGCGGGCAAAGAUCUGGUCCUCUCAGGUUCUCUCUUCUUGACCACAGCCUCUACAAAAAAACGGUUGAACCUCCUCCUUUCUUACGACUCUUUUCACCGACUCAACAGUUCACAUGAGAUCAAACACAUUUUCCACCUUUCUUAAACUGAUUUUUUUUGUGAGACCGCUGUCUGUUGUCAUGGUAACGUAGCAAGACAAGACGCUAUACGGGCCGCGUCAGAUCGAUGUUCAGGUCAGAGAGUAAUAAUAAUUAUUCAUAUUUGAUUAUGGAUUAAAUAUUGUAAAUCUUUAUAUUGAAUAAACUCUUUUUCUAAGAA